GCGUGCGGCCCCAGUGUGGGUGUACGGAGCUGCGUAGAUUGCGUAAGGGGAAAAGAACCCAGAGCGAGCGAAGAAAGCACAGAGCAACGGACGGGGAAGGAAUUAAAAAAAGAACGAGCAGACUGUACGAGAAGAUCUCAGGCUCUCGGAAGGAUAUAUAUUUUUUUAAUCUUGGGAUUUAAAAAAAAAAAGAAAAGAAAAAGGAAAAUAACCAGUGUGCAUGGAGUUACGUGGAGCGGAAGGGAUAUCAGGGUUUAAAUCCAGCGAGUGGAAAAAAAUCUCAUUCGUCUCGUUGGGUGAAAGCGAAGGGAGCCGCCAUGGCCGGAGCUGCUGCAUCUCCACCUCCCAGUGUGCGGAAAAUAUAACACCUAGUCCGGAAUUAUAUUUAUAACAAGAAGAAAAAGACAAACUCCUUGUUUCCUUAAGAGGCUAUUAAGUGUGUUUCGUGAGUCCUGAGUCAAAAAUAACACAAAUAAACAGAAGAAACCGGUGAGUUCGAGGCCCUGCUGUUCUCUGCUCAGUUACAGUUUUCCUUGACAACAGAGGAUUCAGGGUUUAAACGACUAAAAACACCAUACAAGCAACGAGACAGGAAACACACACACACACACACUGUGGAACUGAAGGGAGAAGGUCCCUCUUCCCUUCACCCCGUCCUCCAUUUUUACCCACUGCUCAGAGAUUACAAGUCAAGCCUUGGACACAAUUGCCCUGUCUCUGUAUCUGUCUCUCUCUCUCUCUCACACACACACACACACACACACCCAGGUCGGAGUCGGUGGUGUCGGGGACUGGGAGCAUGUCGGGUCGGCCCAGGACUACGUCCUUCGCUGAGAGCUGCAAACCCGUGGCUCAGCCUUCAGCCUUCGGCAGCAUGAAAGUCAGCAGAGAUAAGGAUGGCAGCAAGGUGACGUCAGUGAUGGCGACUCCAGGGCAGGGCUCAGAUCGGGCCCAGGAGGUCAGCUACACAGACACGAAGGUGAUCGGGAACGGCUCUUUCGGCGUCGUCUACCAGGCCAAGCUGUGCGAGUCCGGAGAAAUGGUGGCCAUUAAAAAGGUUCUGCAGGACAAGAGGUUUAAGAACCGCGAGCUACAGAUCAUGAGGAAGCUGGACCACUGCAACAUCGUCCGUCUCCGGUACUUCUUCUACUCCAGCGGGGACAAGAAGGACGAGGUGUACCUGAACCUGGUGUUGGACUACGUCCCCGAGACCGUGUACAGAGUCGCCAGACACUACAGCCGAGCCAAACAGACCCUCCCCAUACUUUACGUCAAGUUGUACAUGUAUCAGCUGUUCAGAAGUCUGGCUUACAUCCAUUCGUUCGGAAUCUGCCAUCGAGACAUCAAACCGCAGAACCUGCUGCUGGAUCCCGAGACAGCCGUCCUCAAACUCUGUGACUUCGGCAGUGCUAAGCAGCUGGUCCGUGGAGAACCCAACGUCUCCUACAUCUGUUCGCGGUACUACAGAGCUCCUGAACUCAUCUUCGGAGCUACUGACUACACCUCCAGCAUAGAUGUGUGGUCAGCUGGCUGUGUGUUGGCUGAGCUGUUGCUAGGGCAACCAAUUUUCCCCGGCGACAGCGGAGUGGAUCAGCUGGUGGAGAUCAUCAAGGUCUUGGGCACGCCCACCCGUGAGCAGAUCCGAGAGAUGAACCCCAACUACACAGAGUUUAAGUUUCCUCAGAUUAAGGCCCACCCAUGGACUAAGGUGAGUCAGCAGGUGUUCCGGCCACGCACGCCUCCCGAAGCCAUCGCUCUGUGCUCUCGUCUGUUGGAGUACACGCCCACGGCUCGGCUCACACCACUCGAAGCCUGCGCACACUCCUUCUUCGACGAACUGAGAGACCCGAACAUUAAACUCCCCAAUGGGCGGGAGAAGCCAUCGCUGUUCAACUUUACCACUCAAGAAUUGUCCAGUAACCCAUCUUUGGCCACCAUUUUGAUUCCUGCUCAUGCACGUAAUCAGGCAGGUGCGUCCACCCCCACCAAUGCCUCCAGCACUACAGAUGCCAACAGUGGAGAACGCAGUCAGACCACCAACGCAGCCUCUGCCUCCGCCUCCAACACCUCCACUUGAGUGUCCCGGUUAGUUCACCCCUGCCAGCCCAGCCCAGUCCAUCCGGACAACGCCCUGCCCGUUCCCCAGUUCAGUGGGCGGAGUCAAACCCAUCCAGCCACCAAACUGCAAGAGCCAAACCAUAAUGUCACUGCUUUUCCAAGCCAUGAUAGUGAAGAGAGUGAAAGAGAGAGUGGCACAGGGGGGAAAGAUCUCACAUCAUCAUCAUCAUCAUCAUCAGUCUCGUGGACAAUCUCUUAACGAAAGCAAUCCAGUAGCCGAAUCCAAAACUCUUCCAUCUCAGUUUAGCGAGCCUGCUGUUCAAACUGCCCUCGCUCUCCGGCUCCCCCUCUGUCACACUCUCCUUAUCUCUUUUAUUAUUAUUUUUUUCUCAAUCCCAGUCUUAUACACUCACACACACACACACACAUAGCGUCUGAACUUUCUCAUUUUCAUCCUCCCUCCCCUUCAUACCCCGUCACAUAUAGUGCAUGGCUUGAAUUUGGUCGGGAGCACUCAGAAACGUAAACAAUACAGGAAAAGGCAAUUUUGUGCAUCAUAUAUAAACAAAAAACAUAUAUACUAUAUAGAAAUUGCAUUCGGACUGCAUACCAAGCGAAGUAACACAACAAGUGUGCAUGAUUCAGCAACGAAGCCAAAAGAAAACAAAAGAAAAAAGAAAAAAAGGAAUCUGAAUGUGCUCUGAAAGAGUUAGUUAGGUUUUUGGAAUAUUUACAUAUUGUUUUAUUUUGUAUUUUUAUUUUGCAAGUAUAUUGAAUCAGGGGGAUUUUAUGAAGUUGUGUAAGGGCGGUGGGGGCGGGGCAUUUUUGAUUGACAUGAGAGACCUGUUUGUCUCUUUUUCUGUGUUUUUGUAUUAUAUAUACAUAUAUAAAUACAUACACAGUUUAUAUAUUUCUUUGCAUUAUGUAAUAUAUAUAUAUAUAAAUAGGUGUGUGUGUUUGUGCGUGUAUAUGAAUAAAAGCUCCGCCUCUGGGUUAUGUGUAUUCUGACCAGAGGAAGCUUUAAAUAUGGCCGUUUCAGAGGCGGAGCUUUCGCGUGCCGAGUUAAAGAUUAUAUGCAUACGUGAACACGGAUAAAUGAAAUCCAUACCGAAGAAACGGGCAUGCUGUAAUUUCCAGCUCACCUUUACAGUUCCGAGCCUGUAGAACUGUAGACCGUGUUCUCAUCCAGAUUUAACGCUCACGCUCUUUUCUCUCCGUUAGCAUCGCUAGUCCUCAGGUUUCUUUCUUUAGUAGUCAUAUAAGGAUUUCCGUCAAAAAAGGCAGGGUUUUUUUUUCAAAUUGAAUGAAACAAUCUAUCAAAUUCUAGGCUUAAAGUAAUCCUGAUUAGUUCCGGCUGAACACGAAUACAAGAGCACAGUUAGCCGAGACGUCAAUUUCUUGAAUUAAAGCUCGUAGGCAGACGGCCGCGAUGCCGAUCGUUCAGAGCGGUGAACCGAGCAGCUGAGCAUUUCCUGUUUUCUAUGUUAAAUCGUCAGUGCUGUGCAGGUGUCGUCGUAACCACUACUGGAACACUUGUCUUUUUUCAUUUGUUCUUCCUGUCCCGCUUUCCAGUUUUAAAUCAUCAUCUUAAAUGAUAAAAGGGUAUUUUUUAAAUCUAGAUGUCUUAAACAAACAAAUGUAACGGCGUAAAAAUGUAAAUACAUUACAGGAAGGAUGCUCUCUGCCAAAUUCUGGCUUGUAUGUUUUGUUUUUUAUAAUUUGUUGUCUUACACACACACACACACACACACACACAUAUAUAUAUAUAUAUAUAUAUAUAUACACACAUAAACAAAAAAAGAUCUACAUUGUGCGUGUUUUAUGGUUUCUGUAUAUGUACAUAUGCUGACCUGAGAACUGUUACCAAGCAAAAAGGAAAUCAUAACAGAAAAAAAAGAAUAUAUAUAUCUAUCAAAUCUCAUAAAAUGUUGGGGGAAAAAAAGAGGAAAAAAAAAAAAGAUCAGGGCAAAUCUGAACUGAACUGUUUGUUGGAAACUGUAGAUGCUUUCUCCAGCCAUAUAGUUCAAUCUUCUCUGUACAGUAGGUGCCAGCUAUAUUAUUGUAAUGAUACGUAGUAACUGUAUAGUGUAUCUAGAGUUUGGAGUGCCUUUGCUUCCAUUCACCCCUUUCUACCCCCUCACCCCCUCCUCCUCCUCCUUAUCGAACCUCAUCCUUUACUCACACAGUACUGUAAACACUCUCUGUGACACUCUGCACGUUUGCUGUUGGUCGGUCGGUCGGUCGGUGUUCAAGCUCUCCUGGCCUACCUCUUUAUUUACAUCAUUGACCCCCGUCAGUCAUAACCGUUCGUAACUCGGUCGUAAUAUUUUUAAUGAAACAGUCAGGGGACGACAAAGCUGAGCAGGACAUACAGUUUUAUUUUAUGAACAUGCAUGCAUUUGAUGGUUUUAAUGUUCCUCAGAGAAACGUAAAUGGUUAAAUCAUUAAACUCCACGCAAUAACUGGGGCUGUACCGAAAGUAACAUAAAAGUGAGUAGUUUGAGUAACCCUUCUACUAAAUCAGGAUCCAGGAACGCUCAUGUGAGUCCCGCCUUUCAUUCCAACCAAGCAAAAGCUACACCUGAUAAACUGUUGAAAGCCAAAAAACGAAUAAUUAAACAGCCACAGCUUGAGUUUGACAUCCUCGCUCUAUAUAAAGGUACUACUCUCUCUACGCCUUCUUUAAACUUUAUCGUCCAUCCAUUCACAUCAUCAAGAAGCCUGAUUAUUAUUACUUUUAUUAUUAUUAUUAUUAUUAUUAUUAUUAUUAUAGGAUACUUUACCAGCAUGUGCAAUUUUAUCAACCUGUGUUAGUUAAUAAACCAUGUAUGCGACUAUUACAGAUGUUGUACAAUCCAGUGUUGAUGUAUAGCGAUUUCAUCUUAAUCGUUUUUAAAAUAUUUUACAUUUUUAGUUCACUAUUUUAGCAGGACAUGUGGUCUUCACAUGAUGUGCUGAUAUUUAGCAUAAAAGCACCAGGACGUCCCCUGAUGUUGUCACAUCACUUGUCUGUUUAUAAUGAAAUACUAUUCGAACCCGUUUAGCAGUUCAUUACAUUAAAACCAAUUACUAGACUUACUAGGGGUGUUGUUCAGACUGUGUGUUGGCAUGGCAACACAUAACACCCUGAUUCUCAUCUGAUUGAUAGAGCGAAAUUAAGCAAAAUAUUUGGGGGAUGUGAUGUCUAAAAAUAUAUGGUGUUCGGUAUUUAAACAUGGUAUUCAUUUUAUUUUAAAAGAACUGUUGUAUAAAAGCAAUAUCGCACUCGCAGCUGUGCUGGCGUACCGAAUACCGUGCCGAUAUUCAAUACAAAAGCACUCUCGCUCAUGCAGUAUUGCUUAAGUGACACCCAGAACAAUCCAUGGUGGGGAUUAUUUUAUUUUUGAGGGGGGUUUUUUUUCAGCCAGUAUUUGUUAGAGAUCUGAUGACGUUUUAAAUCACGUGUAGGUGUGUUCUGUGUGCGUGUAUGUGUGCGUUUUCUCAACCCUAGGUCGUAAUGUCACACUUACAGGCAAUAACUCCUCAGCGUACACACUUGUGUUCAGCCGACCGGCAGCAGCAUUUGCAGGGCGUCACGUAGCACCCACAAUCCUCCACUCCUCCAGCUUCCCUCCUCUGUAAAGCUCGCUUUGUAAAUUUUUUGCAUUCGUAGACAUAUUACUUUUCACCAACCGUGUGACCACUUCUUAUGAGGUAAACCUUAAAUAAGAGUAAAGACAGGUAUAAAAAUGGAAAAGCCAAAAAAUAAUAAUGUUAGCUAUAUUCAUACCUUUACAUCGCAUUACAUACAUCAAGAAAAAAAAGGUGUCUUGGUUUAAAGUGAAAAUAAAGGAAAAAAAAAUCCAACCUGUAUAACAUUACUACUACUUGAAUGCUUCUGUUUGUGACUGAUUUUUUAUUAUUAUUAUUAUUAUUAUUUUAAUUUUAAGUAUAUACAUCUUUAUUUCUGUGAAGGUAUGCUAAAUGUCUCCUUUUCUUUGUAAAUAAUGUCCGUUUUUGUUCCUCGGUGUGACUCGGAUUCAGAGAAUAGUUACCUGGUACUGUAAUUUGCAUUAAAUAAACAGUAGGAUAGCUUGGAAAUGAA